UGUAAGGAAACUUACCCCGCCACGGCAGAGAGUGUAGUCGUGAAGGUUGCGUCUGUAGAAGUAGAAGAAUUGUGUGGCUAUCAAUCACCAAGCGGGUUUCUCAUUCCUUCCUUCCUUCCUUCAUCAACAACGAUCAAUCUUCUCUCUUUCUCCACCCGUGAUUCAGAUGGCUUUGUUUCGCCCAUUUCUCUGCGGAGCUACUACUUUUUCCCAUACAACCUUCCUCCAUUACAAUCAUCCAACAACUACUAAUUCUACAGUCACACGAUCACCGCCAUUGAGAAAACCCAUUGUGUACUCACAACCCAAUAAGCGAUUCACAAAUCGCAACAACGCACUAGCUGAAAUUACUGGAUCAGAUCCCGUCCAAGUGAAACUAGAAGAAGAAGAAGAAAAAGAAGAAAAAGGACCCGUCUUCUACAACUGGACGGAAGAAUGGUACCCUCUCUAUCUUACUGCGAAUAUCCCUGACGAUGCCCCCCUUGGUCUCACUGUUUACGAUGUAAACCUAGUCCUGUUUCGAGACGGCAAUGGUCAGCUCAGAUGCUACGAAGAUCGCUGCCCACAUAGGUUAGCCAAGCUCUCUGAAGGCCAGCUAGUGGAUGGAAGAAUAGAGUGCCUCUAUCAUGGCUGGCAAUUUGAAGGCGAAGACGGGAAAUGUGUAAAGAUUCCUCAGCUUCCAACCAAUGCUAAGAUUCCUCAAUCAGCUUGUGUUAGAACAUAUCAAGUUAAAGAUUCUCAAGGAGUAGUCUGGGUAUGGAUGUCAAAUAAGACGCCUCCAAAUCCAAAUAAACUCCCUUGGUUUGAAAAUUUUGCCCGUCCAGGUUUUCAAGACAUAUCCACUAUCCACGAACUCCCCUAUGAUCAUUCCAUACUCCUCGAGAAUCUGAUGGACCCCGCCCAUGUCCCAAUUUCCCACGACCGAACCGAUUGGACUGCGAAAAGAGAAGACGCUCAACCUUUGCUAUUCGAAGUUAUUGAGAGGACCAAUCGAGGUUUUGCAGGCCUAUGGGGAAGAGAAAAAGACGGAUCCAAGCCAAAUUUUCUAAGGUUCGAAGCUCCUUGUGUUCUCCAAAACAACCGCGAAAUUGUGGAGAAGAACGGAGAAGAGAAAAACUACUUUUCGGGUCUAUUUCUAUGUAGACCAACCGGGCAAGGUAAAUCAAUGUUGAUUGUUCGGUUUGGUAGCACGAAACGAUCGCCCAUCUUAAAGCUAUUCCCGAAAUGGUACUUACACCAAAAUGCUUGUAAGGUAUUUGAGCAAGAUAUGGGUUUUCUUUCAUCUCAAAAUGAGGUUCUUCUGAAAGAAAAGGUCCCGACUAAAGAAUUAUAUAUUAACUUAAGAUCAUCGGAUACAUGGGUGUUUGAGUAUCGAAAAUGGAUGGAUAAAGUUGGGCAUGGAAUGCCUUAUUACUUUGGGCAUGGAUCCAUAUCACUUCCCAAACAGCCAGCAGUGAUAGAGCAUGCCCCAGCUGGUUUACUCGCCAAUGUUUCGGCUACUAUGCCGGCCAAAGGAGGAAUUGGAACAAUGCAUUCACCAAAUGUCGUAAACAGAUAUUUUCGACAUGUUAUUCAUUGUAAAGGAUGCCAAAGUGUGGUGAAAUCAUUUGAAGUUUGGAAAAAUGCACUUUCGAUGAUCGCACUUGUAUCAACCGCACUAGCUAUUAUGGUCUCUGGACGACAGUGGAAGGCUGUACUAUUGGUCGCUACUUCUUUGUGUUUGAUGGGAGCUUAUGCAUGCUCCUAUGCAAUUGCAAUGAAUACGACGAAUUUCAUUAGAACACACAGAAGAUUGUAAUGAAGUCUUGAAAAGUUUGUAAUAAAGGUUCUUAAAAGAAGGUAAAAUAGUGUUUUGGUUAAAAAGUAUGU